UUUGCAGGGGGAUUUCGGCGCGGCGGACAGCGCCAUUGCGCUUCAGCGCCAUUGCGAUUUUUGGGGGUUUUUUUGCGGGGAGAUCCGGCGGCUGCUUGCAAACGGGGGUGGCAAUUCAGCACCAGGGACAGCUGCGGUGUUUUUGCAGGGGGGGCAAUUCAACACCAGGGACAGCGGCGGUUUUUGCAGGAGGGCCCCAAUUCAGCAACAGGACGUCUUUUUGCAAGGGGCGAGGGGCUAUUCAGCACCAGGGACUGUGACGUUUUUUGCCAGCGGUGGCAAUUCAGCACCAGGGACAGCGGCCUUUUGCAAAGGGCCAAUUCAGCACCAGGGACAGCAGCCGCCUCUGCUUCUUCCACAGGGCCGCUUCAGGACCACGGACAGACCCUCUUGCGUGGCAGUUCUCCGCCGCCUGGGGGGCCCUUGGGCUGCGCCGGGCGACGGUGGGGUGACCGCCAUGCGCCUCCUGCUGCUGGCCGUGCUGCUGUGCUUCUCGGUGGCGCGGGGGGGCUGCGAGCCCAAGGUGGUGAACAUCGGGGCGGUGCUGAGCACCAAGAGGCACGAGCAGGUCUUCCGCGAGGCCAUCAACCAGGCCAACAAGCGCCAUGGCACCUGGAAGAUCCAGCUCAACGCCACCUCCGUCACCCACAAGCCCAACGCCAUCCAGAUGGCCCUCUCCGUCUGCGAGGACCUCAUCUCCAGCCAGGUAGCCGCACCGCGCCGCCCAAGAACCGGUCGGGGGAACCCCCUAGGGACUCCUCCUCAACGUGAUGGGCCAAGCUCUUGA